UUAGAAUACAAGCGACAAGUUUUGCCGGUAGCAUUUUUGACAUUCAAACGAUCACAGAAGGACAGAAGUAUAUAAUGGCCAUAUUAGGAGUACAACUGGUCCUUAGUCUGAUCAUGUUCAGCUUUCUACAGAAGCUUGGUCCAUAUUACUCAUUUGGACGGUGGCUAUUGUGCAAUAGACUUGUGAGAUAUCUGCAUCCGACGGAUGAAGAUCUGAAAAAGGCUGCUGGGAUAUCUAAUGUUCCAAAUGGGAAAGGAAGAAAUAAAAAACACGAAAAGAAAGGAGGAGGGAAAAAUAAUAUUCAGUCAGAUACAUUCACGAUUCCUCGAUCAACAGAAAUUCAUCUUGACACAGCAAGGGUUGAAGCAAUUGAUUUAGUCUCGUUACAUUUUUAUUCAGACUUUCAGUGGUUGAUGGAAUUUGGAUUGUGCUCCCUAGUCGUAUACUUCAUAACAGAAGUUUACUAUGCCUUUUGGCCUAAAAAUGAAUUGAACAUCAGCAUGUUAUGGUGUCUUCUUGUAGUCAUUUUCUGUUUCAGGAUAUUGAUAUCUCAAGCUGCAGUUUACUUCAAAUCAGAAGAAGGAGGGGAGAGAAUCCUUUGUGUAACAUUUGGAUUUUUCUUCCUGGUUUUAGCCAUGGGAAUUCUAGUCAUAGAUGAAAAAAUAUUAGAAUUUGGACUUGAACCAGGAUACCAGAAUUUCUCUGAAGGUGCUGAAUUGUUUCUUAAACAGCAAGGAAUUGAUUCACAAGGACCAAUCUCAUUAAUGACCUUCAAAAUAAUUCUUGCAAUCAUAUGUUCAAUUACUGGUGCCCUGUUGACAUUUCCUGGACUGAGAUAUGCAAAAGUUCAUUUAGAUACAUUAAACUAUGUGAAGGAGAGUCCAUUUAAGCAGGCACUAUUACACCUUAAUUUUAUCAUGCCGUUAGUUAUAAUCUUAUUAUGGGUGAAACCUGUAGGUCGAGAUAUUAUAUGUGCCAAAAACUGGCAGGUUCAUUUUAAACUUUUGCACGAGGAUGCGUUUGAAGUAGUCCGACUAUCUUUAAUAGUGUUGUUGUUUGUACUUAGACUUGUUUUGAUGCCGCCACACAUGCAGGCACACUUGAACUUAGCUUACGAACACGUGCAAAGGAUGAAAAAAGAAACCGGUAGAAUCAGCAAUUUGGACCUUCAAAGGAUGAUUGCUCGUGUGUUUUACUAUUUAUGUGUAGUAGCUAUACAGUAUAUUUUACCAUGUCUACUUUUACUAUUCAUGGUAUUUCUCCAGAAAACAUUAGGUAACUAUAGUUGGUCAGAUUUAGCCGGAGAAAAUGCCCAUAAUUAUUUUGAGGGUAAAAGUAUGAGUGCACAUGGGAUGUACGCAGAACGAGAAAACAGCACUGGCGAUGCUAUAUCGGACACAACAGCACAAUUCACAUGGGCAGUAGCUAAUUUGAGACAGGUUUUUUCACCGACAUGGUACCGUGGUUUGUUUGGAUUUCUAACAUGGUGGAUGACAACAGCUUGGUUUACUAGUACAACAUUUGGACUUUAUUAUUAUUCUAGAGUUGCUACGCAAUGAUUGUGUUACACAAAAUAGAUUAUGAAUAUAAUCAUGAUAAUGUUUUUGAAUCAAAAUUUGUUCAAAGUUAUUUUUACGAGUAGGAGGCCUUUCCUGUUUGCAUGUAUGGCAGGGGCCUCCAAAAUCAUAAAUUACAUGAAUAACAAUGUAAGGAAGGUUUUUUUUUAAGUGAGUGAGUGAGAGUUUUAUAUACAUUGUACAAUCAUGUUUAUGUAUACAUGUAAAUUUUUGAAAUUCUAUAAAAUGCAGAAAAAUGAUUUUAGAUGAGAUUUGUCUUCCAAUUUUGAACUUACGAACAUGACAAACAGCUUCAGAAAUGAAGGAUACAAAGUAUUGCCAGAUUUUAGAUGAUUUCAGGAAACUUUGGGCCAAAAAUGAAAUUAGAAUUGUUUGAUGUUGCCUACCUACCCACCUAAAAAGCAGCCUACCCGAAAAAUUUUAUGACACAAAUCCUUUCAAAUUUUCUUUUUAAAAAGUUUUUUUCAUGCUCUAAUGUCAUUUUCUUGUCUAAAACAUGUAACUUAUGUUGUUGGCCAAAAAAAAAAAAAAUUCCCUACCUACCUACCCAACCCUACAAGGCACGGGUAGGCAACAUGUACAUCAAACAAAGAAUUUGUUAAGGGUGGCAUUGGUUAAAUCAAAAGAGAUCACAUGUGACAUUAGCCCAUUAGUCAUUCAAUGCAAUUUUUUUCUAAAUUUAAAUAAUAAAGAUGAUCAAUUCCUAUAUUUUUUAUUAUUGAAACAUUAACUACCAUAACUACAAUAAUGUUCAUGUAGAAAUGUUAUGGUGACUUGAGUAUUAAGUUUUGAUAUUUUAACUAGACAUUAAUAUAUUGCAUGCAAGUGAUGGAACACAUUGUGUAUGAUGUGUUUCAAUGUGUUUAUUUAGUGAAUGUUAAAUUAGUGUCUUUUUUUAUUAUAUAUUGUUGAAAACUAUAAACCACUAAUGUGUUAACAAAUUUUUUGACAACUCAGGGGUUGAUUCAGGCGGGGCCCCAAACCAGACAAGGUAUCAAUUUUGGAAGGAAACAUAUCAACUCAGUGGUUGAGGUUGAGGUGGGGGUCUCUUCUUAUAUAAAGGUAUACACCAAUGUGCUGCUGGUAUGGGUACCUUUUUAUGGAAUAUCAAAUAUGUCAAUGGGGUGCAAUUUCGCGGAGAUUUAUUUAACAAUGGGUAGAAAUUCAUAUGUCAAUAGGUCAUAAAUGUCCAUCCUCUGUUAAGAAAUCUGUAAAAACUGUGUUCUGAUCUUUUUAUCUAAUGAUAUGAAUGUAACAUUUAAAUUUUUUGUACUUCAUGUCAAAAUGCCAGAUUUUGAUUGGUUGAUAGGAGGGAGACAAUUUACUCUAUCCCAUGGCAAGUACUCUACUACCCUUCACAGCGACGCUUGAUCAGGUGUGCGCUUUCUUAAAUACGACUCUAUCCUAUUUCAAACACUCUAUUACCCUUCACGGAGAGGCUUGAUCAGGUGUGCGCUUUAUUAAAUACGGAUGAUUGUUAUGUACAAAACGUCAUAGUUUAUUUCUUUGAAUUUGAAAUUUAAUCGACAGUAAUAACAGAACAUUCAGUAUAAUAAAUUAAAUAACACAUAUCUGAGAGGGUGAU